AUGGUUCUCGCACUCUCCGGCCUCUCGCUCGCCAAGUACAUCCAGAACUCGCCGGCUCUGCUGCGCAUGAUCAAGCCCGUGGCCAACGCCUACGCCCAGGCCGCCGGUCACAGGCAGCACGGCCUCCGAUACGACGACCUCAUCAUCGAGGAGUCGCCCCGUGUCCAGAAGGCCAUCAAGCGUCUGCCGGAGCGUGAGGCCUACGACCGCGCCUACCGCCUCCGCCAGGCCACCCAGCUCAGCGUCCUCCACCGCGAGCUGCCCAAGGAGCAGUGGACCCCCGCCUCCCAGGACAAGCGCUACCUCACCCCCUACGUCCAGGAGAUCGCCAACGAGGAGGACGAGCGCGUUGCCUGGGACACCAUCGGCGUCAAGAAGGGCCACUAG